AUGGCACCUGUAAAAGACCAGGUGGCGUCCUCUGAGGCAGAAUCUCAGAAGAAGAAACAACCUGUUGUUGCUGAGGAAGAGCUUUCCGAAGAAGACCAAAAAUUGAAGGAUGAUUUGGAAGCGUUGGUGGAGACCUUAAACCAGCCAGAUCAACCUGAAGAGGAUUAUUUGACCGCCUUGUCUACUAUGAAAAACUUCAUCAAGGAUUCAACCACCUCUAUGACUGCGGUACCUAAGCCAUUGAAAUUCUUGAGGCCACAUUAUUCGUUAAUGACAGAAUUGUACGAAAAAUGGUCCACCAAAGGGGUUGCGGUGAAACUUUUACUCCAACUUGCCGAUAUCAUUUCUGUUUUGGCCACCACUCGUUCUGACGAUGGAAAGAGAGAGUCUCUCAAAUACCGCUUAUUGGCUUCCGAUGAUACUAUUUCUGAUUGGGGCCAUGAGUACAUGCGCCAUUUGGCUUUGGAGAUUGGCGAGUCAUACCAGGCCAAUUUGGGAUCUGAUGAGGCACAUGUUGCUCGCUUGGUGGAUUUGUCACUUCACAUUGUUCCGUUCUUUUUAAAGCACAAUGCAGAGGCAGAUGCUGUGGACUUGUUGUUGGAAAUUGAAAACAUCGAAAAGUUGCCCCAGUAUUUGGAUAACUCGACAUAUGCAAGAGUUUGUCUUUAUAUGGUGAGCUGCGUGCCACUCUUGGCUCCUCCAGAUGACACAGCAUUUUUGCACACUGCUUAUUCUAUCUACUUGACUCAUAAUCAAUUGACUCAGGCAUUAACCUUGGCCAUCAAGUUGGACAAUGAAGAUUUAAUUAAGCAGGUGUUUGACUCAACUGAAGACCUCUUGGUACAUAAACAGUUGGGCUUUAUAUUGUCACAACAGUAUAACAGAUUUAAAUACCCAGGUGAUAAUGAAGAGACGCAAGAGAUCAUUUCUAAUGUCAAAUUGCCAGAAUUCUACGCAUACUUGGUUGAAGAAUUGAACUUAUUGGAACCAAAAGUGCCAGAGGAUAUUUACAAAUCUCAUUUGGAGGAUUCCAGAUAUGUUUAUGGUCUGGGAUCGAUAGAUUCUGCAAAACAAAAUUUGGCUGCCUCUUUUGUCAAUGCUUUCCUCAAUUUUGGUUAUGGUACAGAUAAAUUGAUCUUGCAAUCUGGUGAGAGCGAGACAAAAUCAUGGAUCUACAGAACAAAGGCAUCUGGUAUGAUUUCCGCUACCGCUUCCAUUGGAUCCAUUUAUCAAUGGAACAUUGACGAAGGUUUGCCUGCAUUGGAUAGAUAUACCUAUUCUAAUGAUGAUGUUAUAAAGGCUGGUUCCAUCUUGGGAACUGGUAUAAUCUCGGCGAACAUCAAUGAUGAAGCUGAAGUUUCUUUGGGUUUGUUGCAAGAGUAUGUGCUGGACCCAAAAAAGAUUUUCCAGACGUCUGCUAUCAAUGGUCUCGGAAUUGCCUACGCCGGAUCUGCCAAUGAAGAGGUGUUGAACUUAUUGCUUCCUCUUAUUUCUGACACAGACAUCUCUUUGGAAGCAUCAUGUUUGGCUUCUUUGGCGCUUGGUCAUGUUUUUGUCGGUACCUGCCACGGAGAUAUUACGUCCGCUAUUUUGCAAACUUUGUUGGAGAGAGACUUUACUCAAUUGAACAACAAGUUCAUUCGCUUCAUGGCAUUGGGGUCUUGGCUUGUUAUAUAUGGGCAAGACAGAGAUGGUGGAGGAUGUUUUGGAUAUUAUUGA